CCGGGUCCGCUGCGGUUCCGGGGCGUGGCUGCUGCCGAGCAUCUCUCAGCUCAGCCGAGCCCCUGCCCGGGCCACGCUUUGUUCCAGCCGCCGCCUGCUCUACCCUCCGGCGUCCGGAGCCAUCCCUCGCCUCCUCGCUCUCUCCUUUCGCCCACUCCCUGCAUCUUGGCCUGCAUCACCUUUGUCAACCCCUGCGCCCCCGAUCCUGCCCUCACUCCUCCCUCAAACUUCUGACUUGCACCCUUGCCUGGUACCCUUCUCUCUAUUCCUCCCCCUCCAUCUUCUUCCCCCGACCCCUCUCGGGUCCCUCUUUUCCCAAAACCGGGGUCUCUCCGCGCGGCCCCCGCCUCCAGGCCGGGGAUGUCCCCCGCGCCCCCGCGCCCAUGGUCCUGACGCUGCUCCUCUCCGCCUACAAGCUGUGUCGCUUCUUCGCCAUGUCGGGCCCACGGCCGGGCGCCGAGCGGCUGGCGGUGCCGGGGUCGGAUGGGGGCGGUGGCACGGGCCCAUGGUGGGCUGCGGGCGGCCGCGGGCCCCGCGAAGUAUCGCCGGGGGCAAGCACCGAGGUGCAGGACGCCCUGGAGCGCGCGCUGCCGGAGCUGCAGCAGGCCUUGUCCGCGCUGAAGCAGGCGGGCGGCGCGCGGGCCGUGGGCGCCGGCCUGGCCGAGGUCUUCCAACUGGUGGAAGAGGCCUGGCUGCUGCCGGCCGUGGGCCGCGAGGUAGCCCAGGGUCUGUGCGACGCCAUCCGCCUGGACGGCGGCCUCGACCUGCUGUUGCGGCUGCUGCAGGCGCCGGAGCUGGAGACGCGUGUGCAGGCCGCGCGUCUGCUGGAGCAGAUCUUGGUGGCUGAGAACCGGGACCGCGUGGCGCGCAUCGGGCUGGGCGUGAUCCUGAACCUGGCGAAGGAGCGCGAACCCGUAGAGCUGGCGCGGAGCGUGGCAGGCAUCUUGGAGCACAUGUUCAAGCACUCGGAGGAGACGUGCCAGAAGCUGGUGGCAGCCGGCGGCCUGGACGCGGUGCUGUAUUGGUGCCGCCGCACGGACCCCGCGCUACUGCGCCACUGCGCGCUGGCGCUGGGCAACUGCGCGCUGCAUGGGGGCCAGGCGGUGCAGCGGCGCAUGGUGGAGAAGCGCGCAGCCGAGUGGCUCUUCCCGCUCGCCUUCUCCAAGGAGGACGAGCUGCUUCGGCUGCACGCCUGCCUCGCAGUAGCGGUGUUGGCGACUAACAAGGAGGUGGAGCGCGAGGUGGAACGCUCGGGCACGCUGGCGCUCGUGGAGCCGCUUGUGGCCUCGCUGGACCCUGGCCGCUUCGCCCGCUGUCUGGUGGACGCCAGCGACACAAGCCAGGGCCGCGGGCCCGACGACCUGCAGCGCCUUGUGCCAUUGCUCGACUCUAACCGCUUGGAGGCGCAGUGCAUCGGGGCUUUCUAUCUCUGCGCGGAGGCUGCCAUCAAGAGCCUGCAAGGCAAGACCAAGGUAUUCAGCGACAUCGGCGCUAUCCAGAGCCUGAAACGCCUGGUUUCCUACUCUACCAAUGGCACUAAGUCGGCGCUGGCCAAGCGCGCGCUGCGCCUGCUGGGCGAGGAGGUGCCACGGCCCAUCCUGCCCUCCGUGCCCAGCUGGAAGGAGGCCGAGGUCCAGACGUGGCUGCAGCAGAUUGGCUUCUCCAAGUACUGCGAGAGCUUCCGGGAGCAGCAGGUGGAUGGCGACCUGCUUCUGCGGCUCACAGAGGAGGAACUCCAGACCGACCUGGGCAUGAAAUCUGGCAUCACCCGCAAGAGGUUCUUUAGGGAGCUCACCGAGCUCAGGACCUUCGCCAACUAUUCUACGUGCGACCGUAGCAACCUGGCCGACUGGCUGGGCAGCCUGGACCCGCGCUUCCGCCAGUACACCUACGGCCUGGUCAGCUGCGGCCUGGACCGCUCCCUGCUGCACCGCGUGUCUGAGCAGCAGCUGCUGGAGGACUGCGGCGUCCGCCUGGGCGUGCACCGCGCCCGCAUCCUCACGGCGGCCAGAGAAAUGCUACACUCCCCGCUGCCCUGUACUGGUGGCAAACCCAGUGGGGACACCCCAGAUGUCUUCAUCAGCUACCGCCGGAACUCAGGUUCCCAGCUGGCCAGCCUCCUGAAGGUGCACCUGCAGCUGCACGGCUUCAGUGUCUUCAUUGAUGUGGAGAAGCUGGAAGCAGGCAAGUUCGAAGACAAACUCAUCCAGAGUGUCAUGGGUGCCCGCAACUUUGUGCUGGUGCUGUCACCUGGAGCACUGGACAAGUGCAUGCAGGACCAUGACUGCAAGGAUUGGGUGCAUAAGGAGAUUGUGACUGCUUUAAGCUGUGGCAAGAACAUUGUGCCCGUCAUUGAUGGCUUCGAGUGGCCUGAGCCCCAGGUCCUGCCUGAGGACAUGCAGGCUGUGCUUACUUUCAACGGCAUUAAGUGGUCCCACGAAUACCAGGAGGCCACCAUUGAGAAGAUCAUCCGCUUCCUACAGGGCCGCUCCUCCCGGGACUCAUCUGCAGGCUCUGACACCAGUUUGGAGGGUGCUGCACCCAUGGGUCCGACCUAACCAGUCCCCAGUUCCCAGCCCUGCUGUGACUUCCAUUUCCAUCGUCCUUUCUGAAGGAACAUCUCCUCAAACUGGCCUCCCUGGGCUGAGACAACCUGGGCUCUUCUUAGCACAUGGCUCUCCCUCUGCCUGUCCCCCACCCUCAUGGCCCACCUCCAACCCACUUUCCUCAGUAUCUAGAGAGGGAAGGGAGGUCAGACUUGGGCUCGGGAGGUUAGAACUCCCCCAUGCCCUGCCAUUGGGUUGUCUGUCUCUGUCAUUGGGAGGGUCCCUGCUCAGUUCUGGAGACAUUGGUGGGGUGGGGGUGGUUCUGUAUUCCCUUCUGCUCUGAUAGCAGCCAGUUUGAGGAUGAAGGAAGGCAGCCUCAGACAGGAAUUAAGGCAAUGCCCAGGCAGGCCUGGGCACUGUAUUCUGAGCAAGGGCCUGGGCCCAAGAGCCAGCCAGGGAUGAGUGCCAUCAUGGCUCUCCACUCAGACUGUGCCUGGCCCCUGCACUUACAACUUCCUGCCGCUCUGUGGCCUUGCCCUGCAAUCACUCAGUGCCCUUAGCCAGCCUGACUAGGUCCCAGAUCCCCUACAGCUUCCUUCAGUGUGGUAUCUUUUGCCACAUCCAGGGCGAGGGUUGAGGUAAACCGGCCCUCCCUCUGACUUCCUUGUCACUGCAGCCAGCUUUGCUGCACUUGCUGGUGCACAGGAGCCUCCUGUUUGGGCCUGGGUCUGGGCAUGGGGAAGCCAUGCCUCAAAGCCCACCCUACCCCAUGCCUUGGUGCUGUGCCUCAGGCUCCUUCCUGGUCUGGCCCAGCUGGCUACCCCAGCCCCUCAGCUAUCCAGGGCUACCCACCGCUUGCUCAGGGACCAGGCAGCCCCCAUGGCAGUAAAAGCAGCCUGGACAGAAUCUGCAGCUCUGUGGAAAGAGGCAAAGUCCUGAAAAGGCAAAAGGUUGUCACCUAUGGCAGCUUCUCCAACUUUAACAUGCAUCCAAGUCACCUGGGAAUGUUGUUAAAAUCAGGAGAUCUGGGGUGGGGCCUGAGACUCUGCAUUUCUUACAGAUUCCCAGGUGAGCUGAUACUGGUGGUUAAGGGUAGCAAAUCUCUAAAGCAUGAAGCCCUCACAAAUCUUUGCCAUUUCCCACACACUCCGCUCCUUGGUCUCCAGUCGUCAGAGCAACUCUACCUGGUAUUAUCAUCCCCAUUUUACAGAUAAUGACACUGAGGCUCAGAAAGGUUGAAGAUAAGCCCAGUUUCCUGUCAUUAGUGGCAGCCCCAGAUCCAGACCUAGGCCUCCUGGCACCCAGUCCACUGACAGUGGAAUUGCUCUCCUGAGAAUCUCUGAGGCUGGGCUACUGCUUCUCCCUUGCUUCAAAGAAUCUAGCAACAGGGGAUAGGAUUUUGCAACAAAAAGCUGACCCAGAGGCCAUACUGAAAUAACUGAGCAGGAAUGUCCCAUUGCUCCCUCCUCCACUGGGUUCAGAGGGCAAGAAAGUACCCUCCAAUAAACCCAGGCUGCAUGCCACGGGGACUGCUGAAGGCUCUUCCCCAAUGAGGGCCGGGUGUUGACACCUUAAGGCUGGCUGCGCCCCCAGCCCCACUCUUGGCUGUGCUGGCCAGGCGACUCCUAGCUCUCGGCCACAUGGUCAGAAAGUCAAAGUUCCCACUCCAGGUUUGGGGCUCCUUCCUUCCCCUCCCCUCCCUGCCAGAGUCUGUCUUGGCCAGUCCCAGUCUCGAUGCUUUGCUUUUGACCCCACCUGAUCUUCCUUUCCUCAUGCAGCGCAAGUGCUCACUGGGGCCAGGGCGAGGGCAUGGACAUGACAAGCAGGGCAGCCUGGACACUGCCCUCACAGGACAGAGUCAAUAACAAUACAAUGUCUGAGUGUCUCCAGGGGAUGA